AUGGUCCUCUUGCACCAUACAAAGAACUAUGAAGAGUUUGUUGAACUCGUGAAAACACUGGAGAAAUCCAAACAGCAGAUUUUUGUAAUUUUCACUGGCACGCCAAACGCGAGCGGUGAGAGUUGGUGUUCAGACUGCGUUGAAGCUGAUCCAGUUAUCAAGAAACAGAUAGAACACAAUGAGGAAUUUCUAAAAAACACACAUAUUGUAUAUGCUCAAGUUGGUAAAAGAGAAGAAUGGAAGAAUAACAAUGACAAUCCAUUUAAAUUGGACAAAAAAAUAAAGUUACAAUUUUUACCUACCAUUCUAAAAUGGGGUACAUUGCAUAAACUUCAAGUGGAAGAAUGUUCAAAACCUGAUUUACUUAAUAUGAUCUUCGAAGACACAGAAGAUGAUUCUUAAAUUACCUUAUAAAAUUGAUAUCAAUAAAAGACAUUUUGAAAUUUACUACAUUGUAUGUUAUACUAUGUAACACAUUAUUUAUUAAAUAAUUAUUCAAUUAUAA